CUAUAUAGUGUACUACUUUCUCCCACGCCGUGCACUCCUCAUCCUUCUCUCUACUUUCUCCUUCUAAAAAUCUUCUCUGCUGUUCAUUUUGUGUUCUGAUUCUCGCAUGUGAUAACCUUAUUUGGGGGCUGGAUUUUACGUUCAUUGAUUGGUCUCAAUAGGUGAAAAGAGAAGUCAAUAGCCGUGGCAAUUCAUCAGAGUGAAGAACAGCAUGUGGUGGUAUGGUCUCUCCAUUGACGUGUUCCGGAAAGUUAUCUCGUUGAACUUGUACUGCCGCGUGAUUCUGUAAAAUCACCUCACAGACGACAGCCACCCUAAAACUCUCAGUCACAUAUUCUCUUAUGACACCUAGAAUACAUUCUUUUAUUUCCAUGGGGUCUAUACACCAUGUUCGCAGGAUUAGUUGAGUCUGUUCUUCUGUUCCUGAAGUUCUUGCCAAGUUUUCAGUAUCAUCUCCUACGUAACUGUCGAUGUAUUUGGUCCUUCGAUUUCUUUUUUCUAUUAGUGUAGUGGCUUAUUUAUCAUCUUUGGGUGGAAGAUUGCUGUAGGAUAAGAGUGGUCAAUUUUCCGAUAUAUUGUGGUUAUUUUUCUGAGAUAACGUUAUCUACUUUUGAGCAAAGAGUUUGCAAACUGUUGAAUUCAUAUAUCACGGAGUCUCCGAACAGUUUGGUGUUAUUUUGAGUGGAUUGGGGGAAAAGUAGUUAUGGUGUGUCAAGCAGCUAGUCAGACAAGAUUUCGGGCAUUGAAGUAUGAGAAUGGAAUUGCUGGGUGUGCCACCAUUAUAGUUAGAAUUAUAGCGUGUUUUCAACCUCUCCAGGAUUGUCAGGCCGAGUAUUUCCGCCACUUGCUUAAACCUGUUACGUAGAUUGAUUUUUUUUCCCUCUGCAUUCAAGUUAAGCUGGAUUUUUUAGUGUAUAUUUCCCUCAAAGAUACAAGAAGUAAUCAGUGAUUUUUUGUUCUACAGUUAAAACAGGUGAUUGCUGUACUCGCUAGAUGGAAAAGGACUCUGGAUCCUGGUUCCAUCACCAGCAUCCAAAUCAGCAGUCUUCCACUAGGAAUCUAGUGGGUUCUCCAACUAACAUGAGGUCCCUGAACACCAUGCCUGCUUAUAUGAAUCCCUACUUUAUUGAGGAUUCUACUACUGGGACUUUUCCCUUGUUCCCGCUGCAACAGUUGAAGGCAAGCGAAUUGAAUGACUCUCCUAAUUGGUUUACUUUUGCUACUGUACCAAACUCUAUGGCCAAAGUGGAACUUCCUGCGGGCCCAUUUGAAAGUUCGGGACAAAAAGGAUUUCUUAACACGGGUACGUGUAACCAGAAGAAAUUUCUUGUUUUUGAUCAAUCUGGGGAUAAAACUACCUUGCUCUAUAGUCCUGGAGCCAAGACUCCAGUUCAGUGUGCUACUUGGAGGCCAAAGCCUCCUGCCACGCUUAAUUUGAUUAAGGAAGAGCAACGGGAUAUCAUAUCUCCAGUGGGGCAGACUUUCAAGGAUGAAUGCAUCAAAUAUAACUCUGAAGACGAUUUGGAAAGUGAGAUGCACGAAGACACCGAGGAACUGAAUGCUCUUCUCUGCUCUGAUAGUGACAGUGAUUGCUCUGAGGAUGAUGAAGAGACAAGCACAGGUCAUUCACCUAGCACUAUGACCUAUGGUGGUAUUCAGAACAUGGUUGAGGAAAGGAGUGACAGAGGUUCUAAUUAUGUCGGGCCAACGAAAAGGCAGAAAUUGCUAGAUUUAAAAUACAAUGUACCGUCUCUUGUGUAUUCUUCGAGAUCUGCAAAAACUCAUGCAUGCUCAGAGUUGGAGGAUGAUGCAGUAUCCAGUUGUGGCAAUGGCAUUGAUCAAGAAUCGAAUAAAUCAUGUUCCUUAUCUGGUAGAAAAAGGUCAAGAAAAGAGAGAAUACACGAAACUGUGAGCAUUCUGCAGGGUAUAAUUCCUGGCAGUAAGGAUAAGAAUGCAAUUGUUGUUAUUGAUGAAGCAAUUGAUUACUUGAGAUCCUUGAAGGUCAAAGCCAAAGAUUUAGGUCUUGACACGCUAUAAAAUUAUAAAUUUCUAAUAUCCCUUACCUCACUGGCGAUAUUGGAGUUUAUAAUUCUCAAUUACUGGUAUAGGAACUAGUUAUUGUGGUUAAUGAAGAUUAUCUAUGGAACAUACAGCACAAAUACAGAGCCUUUAAGCUGUGGCACUGUGAACCGAGAAGGUUGAGACGUGUUCCAUGCAGUGGACUCCUGAAAAUUUGCAUAGAGAAGCUCUUUUUUAAGUUUUUCUACUGUGAUUUAUAAGAUUCUUUCAACCCAUGGUCGACAUUCCACACCAUUCUCUAAAGGGUUUAUGUUUUUUUUUUUACUAAUCUGUGUGGGCCGGGCUCUCUCGAGGUAUAUAUGGCCAUUGGAACUGGUAACUUGUGGCUUUCGAUCCUUCAAUAGAUCUCUCUUGUGGAGGAAAUUGCCAAGAUGAUGUGCUCAAGUGUUUGCUGUUCACAUCAGUGGACUACGUUGAUCAAUCAAUUGAAGCUUUGAAAUUCACACUUGAAUGAAAAAGCUUUAUAUCAAUCAGUUGGUAGAUGAACUGGAAAGCUUCAUUGUUUUUGUGAUUUGAGUGUAUGGUUUUUAAGAUUAUUUGUAUUGUGAGCGAGUUGCUUGGAUUGAUGUAAACUUGUUUGCUGUUAAUGCCGUUUUAAUCUCGUAUCAUCAUGCAUUAACCUUGUAUAAUUGCGUGUGUUUCGUUCAGGUGGACAUGAGAUGUCCAUCUAAGUGGUAUAUUCAAUCUAGACUUUUAUAGAUUUAGAAAGUCUAGUUGUAUUCAAAGUAAACUUUUUGAAAGACUCGUUUGGAUA